UGCUUUAGCUGCUGUGCCGUCACACAGCCACUCAUUAGCUCCUUUGACUCAACUUUAAGUCCGAAUGCAGCUGAGAUAGGCUCCAGCGACACCCAAGCGGUAGGAAAUGGAUGGAUGGAAGUCCAGUAGUGGUGACCUGGACCAGGAAGUGAGUGGGUGGAGCUUCUACAUCCUGCAUGUGUCAGCUGACACCGAGGGACGAUGACCCACAUGGGACCACCUUUAAUCCAGCUGCCGACCCAAGGUCAAAGGCAGUCAGACUAACGUCCAAGCCCACCUAUUGGCCGUCACUGAGGCCAAGUCCCGCCCCCUGCUCUCUCUUACCCCCCUCCCGCGCUCCCUCUCUCUCUCUUUAUCUCUCUUCCUCUCUCUCUCUGCCGGGGUGUGAGAGGGGAGGGAUGGAGGGCGAGAGUGGGGAGGCGUGCAGACGUGUUGCAACAGAUGGCUUUACCAGCGGCGGAGCUCUGGAACGCCCUUAGACAGGCAGCGGCGAGGGAGGGAGAAAAGAGGGGCGAGGAAGCCGGGACAGCGCGAGGAGGGAAAAAAAUCAUCCGAGUGAGACCUCCCACUCGUUUCUCAACUCUUCCUCUGCAGGCAGAAGACAGGAAGACGUCGGCCUGAACACAAGUUUGGAAAGAGGACUUUUGGCCAUGGAGGAGCCCACUCUCUGACUGGGGCCUUCAUCCUCCUCCACGGGGGUCCGAGAGGAGAACACCUGCCUCCACACGGAGAGACGCCGAAGCAGCUGAUUGGUUGAGCUCCGGGUGAGGUCAGGGGUCGCGUGGGCCAUGGCGGGCAGACUCCUCCUCAUCCUGUUGGCGUCCACCACGCUCGGCCACGCUCAGUUCCUGCCAGGAGGCCAGCGCCUGAAGCCCCGCCUCCUGAGAGACAGACGCAACAUCCGUCCCAACAUCAUCCUGGUCCUCACCGACGACCAGGACAUGGAGCUGGGCUCCAUGCAGGCCAUGAAUAAGACGCGGCGCAUCAUGGAAGAGGGCGGGACUUCCUUCACCAACGCCUUUGUCACCACGCCCAUGUGCUGUCCGUCACGUUCCAGCAUGCUCACUGGGAAGUACGUGCACAACCACAACACGUACACCAACAACGAGAAUUGCUCGUCCAUGUCGUGGCAGCGUCAGCAAGAACCGCGAACCUUCGCCGUCUACCUCAACAACACAGGAUACAGGACGGCCUUCUUCGGGAAGUAUCUGAACGAGUAUAACGGCUCGUACGUUCCUGCUGGUUGGAAGGAGUGGCUUGGCCUGGUCAAGAACAGUCGCUUCUACAACUACACGCUCAGUCGUAACGGGAUCAGAGAGAAACACGGAGCGCAGUACCCUGAGGACUAUCUAACAGACGUGAUCACAGCAGAGUCCAUUCGCUACUUCCGCUGGUCCAAGCGUGUUUACCCACAUCGGCCCGUCAUGAUGGUACUGAGUCACGCUGCCCCUCAUGGACCGGAGGACUCUGCGCCGCAGUACAGCAACGCCUUCCCCAACGCGUCACAGCACAUCACUCCCAGUUACAACCACGCGCCCAACCCCGACAAGCACUGGAUCAUGCGCUACACGGGCUCCAUGAGGCCGAUCCACAUGGAGUUCACCAACAUGCUGCAGAGGAAGCGACUGCAGACUCUGCUGUCGGUGGACGACAGCAUGGACAAGCUGUACAACAUGCUGGUGGAGACCAAGGAGCUGGAGAACACGUACAUCAUCUACACGUCUGACCACGGCUACCACAUUGGACAGUUUGGCCUGGUCAAAGGGAAGUCCAUGCCCUACGACUUUGACAUCCGAGUCCCCUUUUACGUCAGAGGACCAAACGUGGAGCAAGGCAGCGUCAACCCUCACAUGGUCCUGAACAUCGACCUGGCGCCCACCAUCCUGGACAUCGCCGGCCUGGACACGCCCUCUGACAUGGACGGCCAGUCCAUCCUGAGCCUGCUGGACGUGGACAGACCCGCUAACAGGUUCCAGGUGAGCAAGAAGGUGUGGAGAGACUCCUUCCUGGUGGAGAGAGGGAAGUUGCUGCAUCAGCGCGUGGAGGGGAAGGAAGUGUCUCAGGAGGAGAACUUCCUGCCCAAGCAUCAGCGGGUCAAAGAGCUGUGUCAGCGGGCGGAGUUCCAGACGCCCUGUCAGCAGUCUGGACAGAAGUGGCAGUGUGUGGAGGACUCCUCUGCAAGGUUGCGCCUCCUCAAGUGUAAGAGCGAAGGGGGCGGAGCUACGAGCCCAGAGGCGGACCAGCCAAUCAGCAUCAAGCCUGAGGCGUAUCCUGGCGGCCCAGAGAAGUGUGACUGCGACCUCCGACCUCUGAAGCCGCCGCCCCCCAGCAAGAAGUCGUUCUUCUCCAAGAAAUACUUAAAAGUCCCUAAGAGCUACUCCAGGAACCGCUUCAGUCGCUCCGUACCUGUCACCAGCGGUUACCCCGGCAACCACAGCCUGUUGGGAGGGGCCUCUGACAACGCGACAGGAAACGAAGAGUCCGAGGACGAGUUCAGCGGGAUGGGCGGGGCUCCCACAGUCCUGACUCCACCCAACUCCGUCAAGGUCACCCGCAGGUGUUCCAUCCUGACCAACUCCACAGUCCGCUGUGACACGGGGGUCUACACGUCCCUGCAGGCCUGGAGGGACCACAGGCUGCACAUCGACCAUGAGAUUGAGACGCUCCAGACCAAGAUCAAGAACCUGAAAGAUGUCAAAGGUCACCUGAAGAAGGCCCGCCCCCUGGUGUGCAACUGCAAUAAGUACAUGCACAAGUCCAAGCUGAAUAAGAAGUCCCGGUACAGAGGAGGGCGCGUUCACCCCUUCAGGAGGGGCGGGGCCCGCCACAAGAAGGCGUGGCUGGAGAAGGAGCAGAAGAGGAGGAAGAAGAUGAGGAAGAUCAUCAAGCGAAUACGGAACAACGACACCUGUUCCAUGCCGGGACUCACUUGCUUCACGCACGACAACCAGCACUGGCAGACGGCGCCGUACUGGACACUGGGGCCCUUCUGCGCGUGCACCAGCGCCAACAACAACACUUAUUGGUGUCUGAGGACCAUCAAUGAGAGCCACAACUUCCUGUUCUGUGAGUUUGCAACCGGCUUCCUGGAGUACUUUGACAUGAACACUGACCCCUACCAGCUGGUGAACACCGUCGACUCGUUAGACCGGACGCUCCUCAACAAUCUUCAUGUUCAGCUGAUGGAGCUGCGAGGUUGCCGAGGACAUAAACAGUGCAAUCCUCGCACGCGCUCAGUGGAGCCCGCCGGUGGGCGGGACCACAGCAGCUUUGAUGACUACAGGCUGUUUGAGAAGAAGAAGUGGCCCAGAGUCAAGCGACCUUCAUCAUCGCGAACGCUAGGUCCUAUCUGGGACGGUUGGAAGGGAUAAUAAGCUUGGUCCUUAUUGGCCAGAACGGGCUUGUGACUCCGCCCACAUCAGCACCAAGGAGCAGGGCGCGGUCGAAGGCAUGCACCCGCCACUCGGCCAAUCAGCUUCCAGCUUUUCUGUGACUUCGCUCGGACCCCCCCUUCCCCCUCCCGACUGACCUUCAUCAUCAUCAUCAUCACUCCUCUUCUUCAACCCCUCCUUACCAUGAGGAUGAGGAGGGUGGCGAUGAAGAGAACGCCCUCCUUUUGUAUCUUUUGCUCGGAAUCCAUAGUGGCUGUCAGUCAGACAUGGCCACGCCCCCUUUUUGUGGCGGUCUGUCGAACAUGGACACGCCCAAUCCGGCAAUUGUUGGCGCAACAUGGACACGCCCCCUCUUGUGUCUUGCGUAAACGCACGUCAGUCAAAAAUGGACCCGCCCCCUCAUAUGUCAAAUAAUAAUUAUAGACACGCCCCUCAAUAUACUGUCAGUCGAACAUGGACACGCCCCCUCCGCGCAGAAGGUGCUGUUAAAAGUUUUCUGUUAAUAAUUGACUAAUAUAUUUCAAGGCGGCCAUCUUUGUUUGAAGAGUAAAGAGGCAGCGAAAACUGUGGUUUACUAACAUUACCCAUAAAGCAUGCACUGACCUCUAGUGGCCAAUCAAGUCGCUUCCUACAACGCUACUAUGUUGAACAGGAGGGAGAAGGUUCUAGCGUUGUCAUCAUAGACAUCUUAUAAGUAGACGCAGCAUUGGCUGCUGUGACGCGAAAAAUUCGGCCGCCAUCUUGAAGUGGUGAUGAGGAGCCGGCGAGCAGCCUAAAAUGACAGUUGACAGGUCGAAAACAAAGAUGCCGUUUUCCUUCUCAAAUGAGCGGUCUGUUGAAAAUAGGAAUCGGGGGAUUACUUUUCACAAGUAAGAUUUAACAUUAACGUACUAUUGGUUGUAUUUUGUGAAAAGAAUAUUACCACAGAGUUGAGAAGGUGCAAAGAUCUUCAAUAGUACUGAAAUCGUAGCCGCUAGCAAACAAGAGUACAACCAUAAUAGAAUUGCUUGUCAAUUAAAUUAAUUAAAUUUAAAAAUGUCAUACUUGAAUAACAUAAAGUUGAAAUAAGUGAUGAAGAUAAAGAUUGUAAAAGCCAACAGGGGUAAAAGUUAGGACCACCGUCCAGAUUGUGUAGGGGUAGAGUGGGGGGGGUAUAUGUUAGCUAACUAGACAAUCAGAUGGACAGUUGCUAUACAGUAUUAAACAAGUCUAAAUUUAGUCUAGCUUUCCUACCCAAUUUUGUGUCUAAUAAUAACAUUGUUGGGUAAGACAGAAUUUGGUUUUAUUCUGAAUCCAGUGAAACAGAUUGGUGGUUUUAUCUGAUAUAAAGACUUUCAGGUGUUUAUAUAAGUUUGUGUUUAAGUAUUUGGCAGACGCUUUUAUCCAAAGCGACAUGCAUAAAAAAUACAUAUAAAACAAUCACUGUAAACGUGAUCAUUUAAGGGAAGAAUGUAAUACAAAAUAUCAAUACAAAGUGUCAAGACAGAAUAAACUCUCUGCUGCUGCAGCAACAGAGAUACAGUCUACAACAGGGGUGUCCAAACUUUUUCCACUGAGGGCCGCACACUGAAAAAUCAAAGCAAGCGGGGGCCAUUUUGAUAUUUUUUAUUUUAAAAACCAAUACAAUAUAUGUAUAAAAAAGAUACAUUUAGGCCUCCACUCAGGCUUUGUUCGUUUUAGGCCGUUCUUUAAAAAAAUAUGCAACAUUUUCCCCCCAAAAUAUCUCAAAGUGGAAUAUUUAAUGUGAAGUAAAUGGAGCCUUGAAUAGGUCAAUAAUUCAUAAUGACAUUGAUUUUGAUUCAUUAUUAUUUUUUAAAGAAAGAAACUACCUGCAUGGCAGCUUUGUGUUAUUAGAGUAAAUAAUGCAACAUUUUCUUGUUACAUUUCACCUGUUUACUCUUUUAUAACACUUUUCGUAUUUUUAGAAUGUGCCGUGGGGCCGUUAAAAAAUUACCUGCGGGCUGCAAAUGGCCCCCGGGCCGCACUUUGGACACCCCUGCUCUAUAAGAUGUAUAGAUAUCUAAUGUAUUCAUACAUUGUUUAUGUAGGAUAUAUGCAUGUAUAUAUAACCUAAUCAUAUUGUUUCUUCAAUUUGAAAAUAGCUGACCGUUUUUUCCCCCCCUUCUCUGGGAUUAUAUUCCCAGUUUUGAUCUCGGUCGUCUGGUCACUUAAAGCACAUAAGAAUAUUCUAUUACUGUUAAGCAAACUAUGAAUAAUAAAACACGCCAAAACAUGUGUCCUUUAUCAUAAAAAAACGCGUGGAAAUCAGUGGUAUUCAGUGAGGUAAGAUGAAUUAAAUGCGCUGACAGUUCAUUACUCCUGCCAAAUGAAUUGCACUGAGUGGGGCGGAUCACCACUCCAAGAUGGCGGCCCCGCGUCUCGUCAGCGCCACUAGACAGUGGCGGUCGAUGCUGCGUCCACUUAUAAGAUGUCUAUGGUUGUCAUGGCCCUGUCACGCCAAAUUUCUUCCCUCUACAAAAACCUUCCCUCCCCCAUUUACUUCCGGGGCUGCGCCCAAUAAAAUCACAAAGUUGCCGGGGGUCCUUAACCUGCACGCGACUGUCCUGUUUCGCGCCUGUACAAAAAAAAACAAUAAUCGAUUUCUUCAGAUUCCAGCAGCUGUCAAAGACGAAGUAUCCUUCCAGCGACGGGCAGUCAAAGCCGAAGUGCUAUCGAUCGCUGUCAAUGACGUAAGAGGAAACAUGACCACGGAAGUAAAUGGGGGGGGGGGGGGGGUUUGGCGUUACAGCCCGCCCACGCAGAAACAGGAUGUUGUUGGGAGUAUGCAACUUCCUGUUUACGUCCGUACGUGAUAACUAAAAUGAACCAGAGGAAGUGGCGCCACCUGCUGUCGAUGACAAGCAUUUAUUUAUGUUUAGACGCUAAAGGGAAAUCUGAGAGCCACCUGGUCGUCAUGACGACUGAUGGAGUCCCCCCCCCGCCCCCCCUCUCUAAUUUAGACUAAUAAGGCGUUUCCUUCAGCGUGUUUGAAUGUCUGCUGCUGAGCACUUUUGGCGUCACGUGGUGAGGAUGUAAGCGUUGUGUGUAACACGUGACCAUAGUUUGUCAUUAAAAAAAACCAAACAAAAAAAA